UCUGAAGUGUAAGCAACACAACAGUGCGCCCAGCAACGCAAGCGAGUUUUUUCAUCGUUUUCUCAAGCAAAUCACAAUACAAUAAAAAGUUCGAUUUUUUUAUUUUGUAUCAGCGUGUAUUACUAUUAUUAUCUGUCUGAGAGUCAGUCGGCGCGCACGCGUUAACCACGACUAACGGCAAAAAUCUAUCACACUUCUGAUUUCUUGAUAGCAUAUCAGCCAAAGCAAGGCAUUUUCUUAAGACGCUUGAGGCAUUCAUCAUCGACAAUCAACAAUACACAUGAAAAUACCGCGCGCUUAAACUCCACCGGAAACAGCAUAAAUGAGUAAUUAACGGUAGACAAACGAGCGACCAGGCACAGCAACAACAUUAACGCACAUAUAUAGACAAAAGCAUAACAGUAGCAACAAAAUGGAAGGCAUAAAUGCCGACAGUAGCAAUUUCAAUGGUAUGUCCAAGAUUAACAAAACUCUCGACGACAGCCACGCAAAUAUGAACAUGCAAAUCAACAGCAACAACAUGAGCAGUGACGACAUGAUUCGGCAAUCCGAAUCGCCUGCACGCACAAUCGAUUCGCACGACUCUACUGUCGACAGCAUGGACACGAUUGUUGAUCGCAGCAUGAAUCGCGAGGAGCUCAUGCACGCCGCCAUCGAGCAGAGCAUGAAUACGACAAAUGCCCAACAUGACAGUCUCACAAAUUCACAAAAGUCUAUAUUACAACAAAAUAGCAGUGAUACUGAUGAGCGGCAACACCAACAACGGCAACAGUUGCAGCAACAAAAGCAAGCAGAUACACAAAGUCACAUCUACUCAAGUCCUGUUUACGAUCAGAAACCGCCACUAAAAUUAACAGCGGCUACAUUGGUCGCUUCAGUGACAGCCAACAGCACAGAUAAUGGCAAUCGUGUUGGUGAUGUCGAUGACACCAAGAAGCCGCAAUUGAUGACACACGAGCAAUUCCAACAGCAGCUGCAGGCGGCCAUCACUUCGCGCGCAAAUACACUCGAUUCACGUAUUAGCAAGAAACAGCGUUUUCCACCCGAAUUGAUUAAAAUCAAAGACUGCGAUGGUAGCUCAUCGAAUUCGGCGAAAGCGGCGAAAUAUCAAAGGCGCGCCAAAUCUAGCGCCGACUGUUGUUCAGCGUUUCCAUGGCAAAUCGUUUUGGGCACAUUACAGCUGAUGUUGGCCAUCACAUUGGUGGCGCUUGGUUCGCUUUUGAUUGUACGUGAAGCAGCCCUCUCCACUGCUGGCUGUGGUAUUUGGACUGGCCUGGUGGCGGCGAUUACAGGUUCAUUAGGUGUGGUUAGUAUACGCAAGACACAGACAGCCUUCUUGGCCUUAAGUUUAGUUUGCAUUGCUACGAGUACACUAGCGUUAGCCGUUUCCGGUGUAGGCCUUUCAAGGGAUGUGAAUCGCAUCGAAGAAAAGUUUGACUUAUUGAAUGCAAACAGUGAAAUAUCUGCUGCUUCCGGUCUAAUUUUGACGCUGUUCUUGCACUUUGUUGUUAGCAUUGUUUCGGUAUACAGAUGUGCGUUGCAGAUAUGCUCAAGAAAUGAAAGUGCUGAACUGCAUGAUGUCAUCAUUAAAUCGAGAACUCAAGGAGUUGCUUUGGAUCAGGAAAAAGUGGACCAGUAUAUCAAGGCCAUGUCUCUAAAUGGAAGUGAGAAGGAAAAUGCCGAGAAACUGGCUGCAAUGUGGAUGUAUGCGGCUCAAAUGGGAAGCUCACGAAAUUUGGCGCCAACCGGCGGAAGUCGUCCCGUAAUGCUGAUACCAGCUGGAAGCACAACAAUGCUGUCCACACCACCACCACCCGUACCACCAGUACCCGGUACUAUGGUCGUACCUGGCUUACCUUAUCGUCCGGGCAUGACUUACACUCUGCCCUACGUGCGUCCUGGCUCCGUCAUUUAUGCACCAACAGGUAGCGCACCCAACGGCACAUAUCGCACUCAUAAAAGCAGCAAAACAACCGGACCUCCACAUCGACGCCGCCGUCAAGGACCACCACCACUACGUUCAGGAAAAAUGGAUGCCAAUCGGCGCCAACGUCGCAAGUCCGAAGCAGAUGUCAUCGACAAUGAAGCUUUUCAGUAUACAGGGUUAGAUCGCGAUAUUGCCGAUAAUUUCUUGGCGCGUCAAGAGCAAACGAAUAGUCAGCCGGGCAGCCAUGUAGACUAUUCAUCUUCAUCGACGACGGCUAGCGAGACGUAUGGCAAGCAGCGUUCUCGCUCGUCGUCCAAGACGAAGAUUGUUUGUCGUGAUGUGGUGAUGUAGUAUAGAGGCGUUGCCGAGGAAAGAGUGGAGGGAUUCGAGUCAUUCUGACGGAUUAUUGUGCAUUGAUCCGGGGAACCAUUUAACGAAAACUUGAUACAUACACUUAACUGUAAUAAAUAUUGUAAUAUUUGUAUGUCUUAUCUCGUAUUUGCUAUUGUAAAUAACUCUGUACUUAACAUAAACUUAUUAUUUAGUUUAUUCAACUUUGUAUCUUUGCUCCCGGGCAAAUAGCACAUUUUGUAUGUUGCACACUAAUUGUAGGUUUCAAAUAUUGAUAUAAAAAUAUAUGUAUAUUAGAAAAACGCCAA